CUAUUUUUUCCCACCCAAACAUAUUAUCAAAUACUCAAAUUAACUAGUACACACUUUCUUUAUAUUUUUAUAUUUCUAUAAUGCUAGUUUUGGUGCUUUCCUGGGAUUGGAUUGGGAUUGCAAAUGCAAAAUAAAAAAAGGAUGACCCAACUCUUCUUGUAGUGGUGGCGGCAACACCAUCACCAAUGCCAAACCAACAACAACGAAUUUGCUCCAAUCACCAGAAUUUAUCCACUAAAUUCCCUAUGCAUUAACUUCCAAAUUUAGAAACCAUCUUCCUAACCUUUCUUCAGAGUGAGGAAUCUUUGUAUAUUAACUGACAAAUUUACCAACUCUCAGCAUCUUCUCCUUCCUCUUUCCCAGAUACCCUUUUGUUCUAAAGCUCUUAUAUACUUCUACUGUCCUCAGUUUCCCCUUAUAUUCUUUCAAGAUUGUAUUUUUACUUGUGGGUUGGGUGAAGUUAUGUUGAAUUGAGCUGUAUGUGUUCAAAAUUGGUACGAGAUAGUAAAUUUUAGACUUUGGCUUGGAAUUUGGAAGUGAUUUUAAUUUGUGUUUUCACGUCGGGUCUGUAAAUUUUGCGGUUUUGGUUGGUGGGUUGCGCAAUUCGGAGGAAAUUGGAGUCGUAUAUUUGAAGGAAUUGAAAGAUUGUCUAUGGCUUGUUCAUCGGCUUCUCUAUCUUAUCCGGGAACAUCAGCUGCCGGAGGUAAUCGGACGGCCUUUCUGACGGGGUCGGGACCAGGCGGAGUUUUAUUGACGGGGCGGCAGCGGGUGUUGGCUCAGUUGAGGUUCAGGAAAGCAGUUAUUCGCUCUGACUUGGACACAAAUGUGUCUGAUAUGAGAAACAAUGCUCCAAAAGGUUUAUUUCCACCUGAACCUGAACAUUAUCGUGGACCAAAGCUAAAAGUUGCAAUAAUUGGAGCAGGACUUGCUGGCAUGUCAACUGCAGUGGAGCUUUUGGAUCAAGGCCAUGAGGUGGACAUUUAUGAAUCACGGUCUUUCAUAGGUGGUAAAGUGGGUUCUUUUGUUGAUAAACGUGGAAACCACAUUGAAAUGGGUCUUCAUGUCUUCUUCGGCUGCUAUAACAAUCUUUUCCGACUGAUGAAGAAGGUUGGCGCUGAUAAAAAUCUUCUCGUGAAGGAUCACACUCACACUUUUGUCAACAAAGGGGGUGAAAUUGGUGAACUUGAUUUUCGCUUUCCAGUUGGGGCUCCUCUACAUGGAAUUAAUGCAUUCUUGACCACAAAUCAGUUGAAGACUUACGACAAAGCAAGAAAUGCUGUUGCACUCGCCCUUAGCCCAGUUGUCAGGGCUCUUGUUGACCCAGAUGGGGCACUCCAGGACAUAAGGGACUUAGACAGUAUUAGCUUUUCAAGUUGGUUCUUGUCCAAAGGGGGAACACGGACGAGCAUACAGAGGAUGUGGGAUCCUGUUGCAUAUGCCCUUGGAUUCAUUGAUUGUGAUAAUAUCAGUGCUCGCUGCAUGCUUACUAUAUUUGCAUUGUUUGCCACCAAGACUGAGGCAUCCCUUUUGCGGAUGCUUAAAGGUUCUCCAGAUGUUUAUUUAAGUGGCCCUAUUAAAAAAUAUAUCAUGGACAAAGGUGGCAGGUUUCAUCUCAGGUGGGGAUGCCGAGAGGUUCUGUAUGAAAACUCUCCUGAUGGAGACACAUAUGUCACUGGCCUUCUGAUGUCCAAGGCUACUGAAAGGAAGAUUGUAAAAGCUGAUGUCUACGUUGCAGCAUGUGAUGUCCCGGGAAUUAAAAGAUUACUUCCACGAAAUUGGAGGGAGUGGGAAUUUUUUGACAAUAUUUAUGAGCUAGUUGGAGUUCCUGUUGUUACUGUACAGCUAAGAUACAACGGUUGGGUCACCGAGUUGCAAGAUUUGGAAAGAUCAAGGCAGCUAAGGCGAGCUGCUGGUUUGGAUAAUCUUCUAUACACACCGGAUGCAGAUUUCUCUUGUUUUGCAGACCUUGCCAUUGCAUCCCCAGAAGAUUAUUACAUAGAAGGCCAAGGUUCAUUGCUCCAGUGCGUGCUUACUCCAGGAGACCCUUAUAUGCCUCUACCAAAUGAUGAAAUUAUAAACAGGGUUUCAAAGCAGGUUCUUGCAUUAUUCCCUUCUUCCCAAGGUCUCGAGGUUACUUGGUCAUCUGUUGUGAAAAUUGGGCAAUCCUUAUACCGUGAGGGACCGGGUAAAGAUCCAUUUCGACCGGAUCAGAAGACUCCAGUAAAAAACUUUUUCCUUGCCGGUUCAUAUACGAAACAAGUGAGUAUUGGCCUUAUCUUGAUGAUUUAGUAGUUUUUUGUCAUUUCUGUGACCCAUUACCACCUCUCAAAUGGCAAUGAUCUCUAUCAAUUGAUUAAAUGUAUAGUAUCCAACGUUCACAGUUUCUGUUAACCUGUUUUAUAAAAGUACUGAUCUGAGUUAAGUGGUCUGUACCCGAAUUGAUAGAAAACCGUGCUGGUUGAAAGAGGAAUACCAUAUGUCAUAAAUGGAUACUUUAAAAGAAGAAUAUUAAAAGUGCAACAUAAUUGGGAACUUGUUUUCUUAGUCUUUUUUUUUUCAAUUUUAUUUUUGUUUUUUUUUUGGUUUUGUUUUGUUUUUCUUUUUUUUUUUUUUUGUGUCAUUAGCAGAAUUCCCCGAACUUUUUACUUGAUAUAGUUGGCUGAAACAGUUCAUCAGUUUCCUAACUGUCAUUAACAGAAGACAUUAGUACAUGGCGGGGUGAUGUAUUUUUGAACAUCAAACACUGUUUUUGGCCCGUUUCAGGAUUACAUAGACAGCAUGGAAGGAGCCACACUAUCAGGUAGGCAAGCUUCAGCAUACAUAUGUGAUGCUGGUGAAGACUUGGUGAGAAUACGGAAAAAGCUAGAUGCAGCUGAAUCCAACAAGAUAGCAGAAGCUGCAUCCACCAGCGAAUCGGAUCAGUUGAGCUAUGUAUGAUUCAAAUAUCUCUUAUUUUUUAGAUUAAUGUGGCGCCAACAUCUACUGAGUUAGAAAAAUGGACUCGUGAGUACAAAAAUAUGAGAAAAGGAAAAGCAUGAAAGAGUCGAAUCAGAUACAAGGGUUAUAUGGCAGUUAACCCGAGAAAGUUGUCUGAUAUCGAAUAGGAGGAAACUAAAACUGAGCCAAAUUGGUGCAAUGUGAAAAUUAUGUAUGCAAGAUCAAGAUUGUUGUAACAUGUUCAAUAUAAUAUCAGGGCCUUCUCAUUAGUACUUUGUGCGCUGCUGCCUUCAGAUUUUCUUUCCUUUUCCCCGUGAAGGUAAGAACCGAACCUCCAAUCACUUAGUGACGCAAACCUGUAAUCUAGACUGCGGAUUCUUUUAAUUGAGCAGAGCAAGGAUGCGUCUUUCUACUAUGUUUCGCUUCAUCUUUUACCAGUCAUUGCCAAGAAAGGGGGCUAAUUUCUAACCUA